AGGCAGCAGAUGUCCAACAGCAGCUCCAUAAGUGAAUUUCUCCUCCUGGCUUUUGCAGACACGCGGGAGCUGCAGCUCUUGCACUUCUGGCUCUUCCUGGGCAUCUACCUGGCUGCCCUCCUGGGCAAUGGCCUCAUCAUCACCACCGUAGCCUGUGGCAACCAUCUCCACACCCCCAUGUACUUCUUCCUCCUCAACCUCUCCUUCCUUGACCUUGGAUCCAUUUCUACCACUGUCCCCAAAUCCAUGGCCAAUUCCCUCUGGGACACCAGAGGCAUUUCCUACCCAGGGUGUGCUGCACAGCUCUUUUUCUUUCUCUUGUUCAUCACAGCGGAGUGUUCUCUCCUCACUGUCAUGGCCUAUGACCGCUACGUUGCCAUCUGCAAACCCCUGCACUACGGGACCCUCCUGGGCAGAAGAGCUUGUGUCCACAUGGCAGCAGCUGCCUGGGGCAGUGGGUUUCUCUUUGCUGUGCUGCACACGGCCAAUACAUUUUCAGUACCCCUCUGCCAAGGCAAUGCUGUGGACCAGUUCUUCUGUGAAAUCCCCCAGAUCCUCAAGCUCUCCUGCUCACAUUCCUACCUCAGGGUAGCCAGGUUUCUUUUGGUUGGUGUCUGUUUAGCAUUUGGUUGUUUUGUUUUCAUUGUGCUGUCCUAUGUGCAGAUCUUCAGGGCUGUGCUGAGAAUCCCCUCUGAGCAGGGACGGCACAAAGCCUUUUCCACGUGCCUCCCUCACUUGGCCAUCGUCUCCCUGUAUGUCAGCACUGGUGUGUUCAGCUACCUGAAGCCCCCCUCCAUCUCCUCCCCACCCCUGGACCUGGUGGUGGCAGUUCUGUACUCGGUGGUGCCUCCAGCCGUGAACCCCCUCAUCUACAGCAUGAGGAACCAGGAGCUCAAGGAUGCCGUGAGGAAACUGAUGACUGGAUAUUUUCAGAAGUAA